CUCAUGGGGGAGGGAACAGCCUAAAUAUGGCUCUCCUCACCGGGGACUCCUGCAGAUGUGGCCAGGGUUUCAUUUAGAACAGUCAUUAGACUACACAAAAUGGGCCCAGUGAAAAGCUAUGUGUGAAUUGUGGGUUUUAGGUUUUGCAUGUUUUUACUCCGUGUAAAUGCCGUCUAUGGAAUGAGAGUGGAUGGAAUGGGUGAUUUAUUCAGAACCAGCUCCACCAAACCCAUGGCAACUGCAACAAUGAGGAAAUCCAUCAGAUGUGAAAGUGAGAGGAACUAAAUGAGUCACCCCUGUUUUUAACCCGCCACCUACAACUGCUGCUUGAUUUAGUGUAGCUGGAUUUAGUUCAGUUUCCUUUUAAAGAAUGACUAAUUGGAUCGUUUGACUUGGUUUGUGCAGAAAUACUCUAUUCAAGUGUGGAAAAUGUUUUUUUUUUUUUUUUUUUUUCAACUGUGAAGUGAACAUCAGUGGUGUUAAGUCUUUGGGUUACUUACUAAUGACAUGUUUCUAUUUUUUGUUUUUCAGUGCUGGUCCCAAAGGCGACAACAUCUAUGAGUGGAGGUCCACCAUCCUGGGCCCACCAGGUUCUGUCUAUGAGGGAGGCGUCUUCUUCCUGGACAUUGCGUUCACUCCUGACUACCCCUUCAAACCACCCAAGGUAACAUUCCGCACUAGGAUCUACCACUGUAACAUCAACAGCCAGGGCGUCAUCUGCCUGGACAUCCUGAAGGACAACUGGAGUCCAGCCCUCACCAUCUCCAAGGUCCUGCUGUCCAUCUGCUCUCUGCUCACAGACUGCAACCCAGCUGACCCCCUAGUCGGAAGCAUCGCCACGCAGUACUUAACAAAUAGAACAGAACACGACAGAAUAGCGAAACAGUGGACGAAGAGAUAUGCCACAUAGAUCUCUCCUGAUGUCCCCGCCACGGCCCUGUCCUCCUCACCCCAACCCCUUACCUCCUAACCCCACCCCCACCCCCACCCUUCUGUACCUCUCUACCUCUAUUCCCUCUUGGUCAAAGCACACUCACUAAGUGCAGCCACCAACCCUGGCCUCUUUCCUUUGUCCUUUGUUGACCUUUCUGUGAAGAGAACUGUUUUUGUUCCUUGUUGACUUGAAAGCUUCUUUUUAUACAAAGAGUAGUUUGGGAUUUUAUUUUCCGAUUAUCUGAAUGUUGGAGUUACCCUUGGAGGGGGGAAAACAAACUAAAAAAAAUAAAAAUAUUAUUAUUUGCCCUCAAUUUAAUGUAUGUAUAUCGUUUUUGCUUUUUUUAAAGUGUACUUUGUAAAAUGUUCUGUUUAUUUUACAACAACAAAAAAGUCUACUAUUAAUCCAGAUUUUUUUUUUUCAUUUGUCACAAGUAUGUAUUGCAUUACAUUGGCGUCGAUUCUACCAGUGUUUGAAACGCACCAAUUGGUCUGAUCAAGCCAAAGUGAACACCUUGUAGUUCACUGGAAGCCUUUUCAUUAUAGCACAGAUCUACUCACAAAAAGAGUGCCCCCACUCUAUCUGCAUAACUCACACCGGGAAAUCUUACAAAGUGCACACAUUUAGGUGGCUGGAACAAGGGCAGGUUAUAUUUUACUUCUGGCAUAGUGGUUUUCUUUUCUUUUUAAAAAAAAUAGAGUUAUUUGCAUGUACAAGGAUGAACAGGUAUCUCCAGCAACUUCUGGCUUUUUUUUUAUUUCGUUUUGUAUGUAUUUUUAAACACGCUGUUAAAGCAGCCAAUAGAGGUAGGCUAGACCUACCUUGUUGGCAAAAAUGACCAUGUACAGUACAUAUUAGCUACAUGCCAUCUCUGACCUGGCAGAGGGGUUGUGCACUUGCUUUACUAAAAACACCCAAUAAAACACUGUGGUUGAACUGUA